AUUUAGAGAAGACUUAACUAGUUCGAUCGUAUAUGUUCCAUUGAACUGAAUUCAAAUUUGAAACUCGAUCAAAAUACAACAGUGGUGGCACGUGCCACUUGCAUUGACUGUUGGCGAUUCCUUGCAAAUCACGCAUGUGCGCAUUCGAUUUUUCUAAGGUCAUCCAACACCAUCAGUUGCACAAUUUAUUGAACCACAAAAAUGCAACAAUUGAUAGUAGGUAAGUUUGGAAAAGGUGGGAUCCUUUUUUUCGGUUUGUAUAAAAACGUUGUCCAGAUUGACAAUGGACAUCAAACACAUUCAACACUUUCAGUUAAUCAAACCGAUCCUCAAAAACAACCGAAUUAAAAUGUUCGCUAAAAUGAUCAUCGUCGCUUGCUUGGCCGUUGCCGCCGUCAACGCCGAAGCCAAGGCCGAGCCAGGAGUCCUGGCUGCCGCCGCCGCUCCAUUGGCCUACACCACCGCCGGAUUCGCAGCGGCCCCGUUGGCCUAUGCCGGACUGCCCGCUGCCUAUACUGCCGCCGCUUACAGUGCCCCGUUGGUGGCCAGACCGGCUGCAUACGCCGCUGCCGCUCCUCUUGCCACUCCCUUCGCUGCUGCUUAUACCGCUUCGCCUUAUGCUUACGCCGCUGCCCCAGCUUAUCCUUACCUGAGAGCCGCUGCCGCCUACCCAGCUCUGAUCUAAGUUGUACCGGAUACCGGAAAUGCCUACCGAAAAGUUUGAAGAUGAGUGAAUAAAUUUGUUGCAUUGCUGGAAAACCUAA